AUGUCUAUUGGAGGUGGUCCAGUCGUAUCUAGAAAGCGAAUCAGUUCAGCUGCUCAUCGUAAGAUAAAACUAAAUAAAUAUGAAAAAUUUGCUUGUAUUCGUCUUCAAGAUACACGAGACAAAGUCAAAUCAAUUGAAUUAAAUGAAGAAGCUAGUGUUGACACACAAAUUGUAUCAAAUACUCGUCUUGCUCACUUUGAAGAUCAGCAAGUUUUUUUAACGGCUACUCAUCCUUUACUUGAAUGUCAUGCUGAUGAAUUAUCUAAUCGAAAACAUCCGUCAUCACCACUUUGCCUUAUUGUAUCACCUACAUGUCAACAUGUUUUACAAACAGAAGAUGAAGCAAGAAAAAUCACAUAUCGAACUGCUGUGGUACCAUGUAAGUUACUUCAUAAACGUACAGCGAGAAUAUGUAUUCUCGUAAAAUGUCCGGGUGAUUAUUAUUUGCACCUACAUCGCAUUGCUGCUGGUGGUCAUGAUAUGUUUACUGUAUCGGAUCGUCUUCAAGACAUGGUAGGAAAAGUCCAAAUGAAACUAACCGAUACAGAAUUGGAACUUGAUAUACGAAAAUUAGCAAGUCUUGGUUUAUCAUUACAAGAAGAACGUGUUCCAUGGAUAUUUUUCGCAACAUUUUCUAACCAAUUACAACAAUUAGCAAAAUAUGUCCUUCGUGAAGAUUAUAUUUUUUUUCUAUGA